AUGCGCGGGACAAAAUUUAUUCUGGCUUUUGCCCAUUUCGUCGCGUCAUUGACCCUGCCAACGACGCCAGGCGCACAAGUAGAACGUGGUAUAACGCCCGUUCCACCCUCUGACGACCCAUUCUAUAGCCCGCCUGCCAGCUACGAAAAUUCUAAGCCUGGAACGAUUUUGCGAUCGAGGAGUGUCCCCAACCCUCUCGCAAUACUGAACCUUCUUCCUAUCAAGGUCCAUGGCGCAUACCAGCUUCUCUAUCGGACCACCGACAGCCAAGGCAAACCUCAAGCGACAGUCACAACUAUCAUUGUGCCAGAGAAUGCUGAUCCAUCAAAGCUCUUGUCAUACCAAAUCGCGGAGGAUGCUUCCUGGAUCAACUGCGCCCCUUCCUAUGCCCUCCAAAGCAUAAAAAAUCCGCUAAAUGGCAUUACCGCCAAUGUCGAGAUCAUUUUGAUCAUAGCUGCUCUGAAGCAGGGGUGGAUUGUCAAUACCCCGGACUACGAAGGACCGGGCGCCGCUUUUUCAUCCGGUAUUCAAGCUGGCCAAGCGACGCUCGACUCGAUCCGUGCUGCUCUAGCUUCCGAAAAUAUCACAGGCGUUUCGUCUUCUGCGAAAUAUCAAAUGUGGGGAUACUCUGGCGGUUCAAUAGCUUCAGAAUGGGCAGCCGAGCUGCAGCCGUCAUAUGCACCUGAGCUUAGCUUUGCGGGUGUUGCAAUUGGGGGCACCAUUGCCAACCUCACUGCUUCGGCUCUCGCUAUGAACAAAGGUCCUGCCACCGGUUUAAUCCCAGCGGCUAUCCUCGGUCUCGCCGCAGCAUACCCAAACUUGACAUACUUGUUUGAUGAAGUCCUUGUUCCAUCAAAAGCCUCCGCAUUCAAGCAAGCUGGGACUCAAUGCAUUCCCGCCAACAUUGCUCAAUUUGCUUUCCAAGACAUGUUUAGCUAUUCAAAAUACGCCCUCGAUGACCUCUUCCGAUUCCCCGAAGUACAAGCCGUCCUUGAGACAACUGGCCUCAUGGGUGUGCAUGGUGUUCCGCAAAUGCCAAUCUAUGUGCGCAGGGUGCGGAUAUUAAAUACGUCAGACAUCUUCUAUCUGAGCACGGCGCAGAAGCGGUCACGGGGCUGGGCGAUGCCUUUCUAUUUCUAA